GUUGGAACUUAAAACUGGUAUAACUUCAGAGUUUAGGCAACCUCAAGUAAAUUACUCUCUACUUUUCCGUACAUUUUCCAAAUCAAUCUCCUCCAUAAACACAUUGCUCUAGCUUUCCUAUAAAUACUACAAGCUUAAUUAGGUCUAUUCAAGUUUUUAACAUCAUUGGUUAUUUGGUUUUGUGUACCAUCUUCAACAACUUAAAAGCAGUACUAGCUUCUUUGUACCGAAUCAUGGCUGUGACUCCUAUGAAAUCAAGCUCUUCAUCGGUGGAAGAAAUAAGCCUUCAACAGGUCGAUAUACUUAAUGCAGCAGAUGAUGCCUUUGGAGGAGUUGUGGUGGAGAUGAAAGAGCCUAUGAAUUCGGAUUUAUUUGAUACUUUGCUUAGAGCAUCAAUCUCUCAAUGGAGGGAACAGGGAAAGAAAGGCAUCUGGCUCAAAUUGCCUAUUGAACUCGCAAAUCUUGUUGAAGCUGCAGUCAAGCAAGGAUUCUGGUAUCAUCACGCAGAACCAACUUAUAUAAUGCUCGCGUAUUGGAUUCCUGAAACUGUUCAUACUCUCCCGGCCAAUGCUUCCCAUACAGUUGGCAUUGGUGCUUUUAUUAUGAACAGCAAAAGAGAGAUUCUAGUUGUCCAAGAAAAUAAUGGCAGAUUCAAAGGCUCAGGCUUGUGGAAGCUACCUACGGGUACUGUUGAUGUGGGGGAGGAUAUAUGUGAAGCUGCAAUCAGAGAAGUAAAAGAAGAAACAGGAAUUAAUGCAGAGUUUAUGGAACUCCUUGCAGUCAGACAAAGCCACAAGGUAUCAUUUGGCAAAUCGGAUCUAUUUUUUGCAUGCAUGUUGAGGCCUCUUUCAUUUGAUAUCCAAAAGCAGGAUUCAGAGAUAGCCGCAGCUAAGUGGAUGCCGUUUGAAGAAUAUGCAGCACAGCCUUAUAUGCAGAAAAACGAACAUUUCAAUUACAUAGCCAAGAUAUGCGCCGCAAAGAUAGAAAAUGACUACACUGGAUUUUGUGCUCUUCCUGCGACAGCAGCCUCUUCUCGGAGGAGGAAGAGUUGCCUAUAUUUCAACAAUCAGGAGGGACUGGUGGUUCCAAGUAACAUCUCAUCAGAGUAAACUACUGCGAACAUUGGAAAGUUUGAUUAAGGAGUACAUCAUAAAAGUUCAAAGUUUAACUCAUUACACCACACAAGUUAUGGCAUAACUAGCCUAAGGAUUUGUUUUAUUUAUAUGCUUCUUUAAUUGAAUUAAGCAUUUAUAGAAGGCAUUAAAAGGUUGUCAUUGUUUUUAUUUAUUUGUACUUUAAUUUGUAAUAAAUUUGGGGUGUGAUAUUUAGAGAUGAAUAAGAUUAUAGCGA